AUGGGAGAAGCGAAGAAACUAAGUGAGAAACGCUCUAUAGGAUACGGAGCAAUUGGAUCAGACAAUGUACCAAAAUGUAGUCCGAAAGACCCAAAUGCAGCUGGUUGUAAGAAAACUCCGGCUAAUGUAUACAAUCGAGGCUGCAGCGUUGCUACCAGAUGUGAUCAUGAAAAGAUUUAG